CGUCUUCCUUGCCAGCGCCAAUUAAUGGACAUAUAAGCAAGAUCUUUGACACGGUCGUCCAGACGGUCCUUGUCAGGCACCUCCUUACCCAGUAUGGGAGGACGACACCCUCUUACCUCGCCAGCUUCAGUUAUUGGGCCCAGCAUGAGCAAGGCUUCCAAAAUGCGUCACGGCCCGGCGAUGUGUGCUGGCCUCGACGCCCUGCGGACGGCUUUCCUUAUUGCGGCCUUGCUUGCCAUGCCGUUUGCCUAUGCUGCUGAUCCUUUGGCUUCAGGAACACCCUCAUCGACAUCGGCCAACAUCUUUGGUUCGGUGGACCCCCGAAGCCCCCUGUCCCUUCUUCAGAAAACAUCGAAUACAUUGCGAAACCAAGCACAUCGCCGAUCCCUCGGAUCUGCUGCGGACACCAAAGCUUCAACCCCUUCAACGUCUGACUCAUUGUACGGCACUGCAGCGACCUGCGGCGACCUACCCUUUGAACUUCAAGUCGCUGGACUGGUUGAGGAUCGUGCGUCUACUCGCUCUCACCGCUAUUACCCUACCAUGCUCUUCCAUUUGAUUCUCAAAGACGGCGCUGCUACGGACGUUACUGGUGCUGCAUCUGUUGCCGGCCUGCCAACAACAGUAACGGAUACGACAACAGCUGUUGAGGCGAUGACGUGGAGGCUUUCCGAGCUUCAGAUUGAACUAAACGGCAACGUCGACUAUUUGUCAUGGCAGAAGCCCAGCAGCAGCGGAGAGGUCAAGGUCGAGACGGAGGUCAACGGUAUUUCAGUUACCAGCUCCAUUGUCGUACCAUCUUCGUUUCCAUAUGCAUCGUCUUCUACAAAUACCACUACCCUUGGCGGCCCCUACUUGAGCGUUUCGCUAGGAGCUGUCAGGGUCUCGCAGCCAUUAAGGACAACGGCAGGCGGAGAUAUCAUCGUCGCCACCAUUUCCGUUAAAGUCACCUCCACAGCCACCGAUGGUCCCGUACUCUCCCUCUCUGACUACGUCAUUACCUCGACUGAAUUCUUUAUGGAGUAUUCGACAGACGAUGCUAGCGGUGACAGUGACGCCUCAUCAUCAAGUACGGAUCCCGCCAACAUCGUCUCCGUUUACUUCGCCUAUAUUCAGUACAGCUUGACCAUCAACACCGAUGGCCCUGAGAAACAGCAAUCCGGAAGUACGGCAGAAGGAGCGUCCCCGUCGUUGCCGUACUCGCCUGUUUGCCGUGCAUCCUUGUACCUCUCACGGCUGGGCAAAUGCGCGAGCUGCGGAGGCGGGGAUUACUACAGCGUAUGCUACAGGAAUAUCGUGCAAACCGAUUGCUACCUGGCUUGCUACAUGUGCGGGUUUAGGCCAGCCCCUACUUACGUGACCCCUUUUGGUCUAAAGAACCCCAGAGGGUGCAUUCCUUGCACAACCCAUCCGUCUGGGUGGUGCAGCCUAACGCCAAUGUCUCCCUACGUUUACUGCUGCGCCAUAUAAUGGUAGGUUCCUGGAGGUUUAAUGCAAACGUUACACUUGUGCAACAGGGAGUAUACGGUAGCAUCCUAAAUGUGGCCACCUGUCAAUCAUAAUUGCAAUCCACAAACGAAGGCAUUAGCUGUGUAGUAAGUAUGCCGUACUGCAGACAGUCGGCAGCUGGAGUGGUGCUGUUGCAUGCGACUUCGGACGGAAAGGUAGUUAAAUGUGUACACCAUGUGGGAUGCUUUAGGACCAUCGAUGUAGCAAGCCCUUACGUCUCGAAGGCGCGUGCAUGACUGGUUCUCAGAAGCUGUGUUGGACUUGCAUGCAUGUUCUGUAGCGUAUAUGCGCCGCAGCUUUCCACGUGCGAAUUGUCAACGUUGCAAUUUCCUGGGCGCGGGCUUGAGGCUGCGCAUGGGGCUGUAUGGCAGGAUUUUGCAGGUUUGAAGCUAAUAUGAGGUUGCAGUUUUUUAGCACGCAUGCAUGCAUGCAUGGAUGCAGAGAAGUGUUCGCUUUAGUGUAGGACGUGAAAACAUAAGUGUUGCCAUGGUGUCAUGUUUUCGUAUGGUCUAGGCUCAUUCGCUUGCGUGGCUUAGGUUAGGUUUCCGAGACGUAGGGCCGUCGUCGCUUUGGCACGUCGUUGUUGCCGGUGUUGCGGCCUAAUAGCGAAGAUAACGACGUCUAGUUUUGAAACACAGGAAGCAAGGCAGGUGCCUAGUUAAGUGUCGAACCAUCGCCGUGUCUCUAAACAGCGUGGCAAAGCAUGCGUCCUUCUUACACAAGUCUCUGCGGGCGUGUCUGCGCGUCUACCGGUUGUCAGGCCCGCGCACUUACAACUGGUGUGUACGGCAUUAUUAAUGCAGGGCUGAAGUAGCUGCUGCGCCUACUAGCAUUGGCCUCUAGCGUGUGCUUCGUGUGUUUGGCCGAUAUAGCUAGCGAUCAGGAGGGUACAGAAGAGUUCCACGUUGCAGGCUGGUUGGUUUGCUUGGAGUAUUGGUAGCAGUGCAGCUCUAGCUUUCUUAGGGAGACACGUUGGCAGCAUCUGGAGAAUAAGCCACGCAUCUUUGUUCGUGGGGCCCUUUGUUGGGCUCAUGCAUACUCGAGCAUACUGGUUUUCGUUUGCCGGUGUCUGUCACCAAGGGCGGUGUUUCCGGUCUAUGAGUGGUGCAUAGUUUACAGUGGAGGCUUGGGCACUUGAAAUGUGACAAUAUAUCAGACCCAACUAGUCUCGUCCAGAGCAGGGAGGCCCAUCAGUUGACCAUCUGGUUUGUAUCCGUGCUUUGAAGUACAGCAUAGUAUGUAUCAAUUUAACUGGCCGCAGUUGCAAGGACAAGGGAGGGUUGCAUGUGGGUAACAGUAUCAUGUUUAGGCCUAACGCCCAUUCGUCCUCCUAGGUUGACGCGUUGUGGCUGGAAUGUGUUGAGGGUUGUACUUGUUUCUGGGGCAUGUGUCCUUCAAUCUGUACGGUUGCUGUUUGGAUAAUGUUUGUAUGUGGAAAUACUUUAGGGAACUGGUGGGGCGUUAUUGGUAGGCUUGUAACUUGAAACAUGAG